AUGCCCGCCGCUGCCGCACUUACAAAGAAUAUCAGGGAAUUGAGAUUCUUGCUUUCACAGACUGGCGAAUCUUCUAAGACUCUAAAGUCUUUUCUUGUCAAAUCAUACAAACCGCUCAAAAAGGCCAACCCGGAUCUUCCGAUAUUGAUUAGAGAAUGCUCUGGCGUUCAGCCAACGUUGGUGAUGAGGUUGGAAAAAGGUGUGGAAGUUAAGAAGAACCUUAACGAUCUUUCCGAGAGUGAAAUCGGUGAGCUACUAAAGGCUUAG